CCUAUCGGAAGGGUCGGAAACUUUUUCCAUCCUCUCCCAUUCCUUAGUAGUUCCUCUUACUCACAUUGCUGUGGGCUUAGCUCAGAAGAAAGUGCGAGUACUAUUUUGUUGUGCAGAAAAGUGCCGUGCUCUAACAGUGACUGUUUUUGCGCUAAGGAUUUCUUUUUUUAACACUUCGAGCCAUAAUUGUCAGAUUGGAUGUGUACACGAUUACGUUUGCAAUAUAUCCUAAUCGCCAUGUAGACCCCCAGGGAAAGGGUUGACCACAGCGAAGAAGCGUUUAUCAGCGGCACAAAAUACAAAAAGGCUAAACAAGGGCUGAAACCAAUGGAUAGAAGAAGAUGGACGUUUCCUGCUUGCGGGAUUUUGUACCUGUUCUUCGCGUUGUGCUCUGCUGGAAAGCUCGCUGCGCCAAAAUUUAAGGAGGUCAACCCAAAAUAUCUCGAGAUACCUCUCGGACAAAAAUGCAAAUUGCGCUGUCCAGUAUCUGGAAAUCCUAAGCCCAUAGUAGAAUGGUUCAAGCAAAAUGUAAAUGGAACAUUAGAAUCACUUUCAAAUACAUCGACCACUUAUUAUAUUAGUCGGAAUAACAACCUCCACAUCGACAAUUUUACAGAGGCCGAUGAGGGUAUUUACACGUGUAAAGCUUCCAACCAACUAGGGACAAUAUCCACCAAUUUUACUGUCAAACUUACUGAACCUUACCUUGAGGACGAACCAGCCACAACGCAAAAAGAAGCAGAUGAUCAUCUAAAUGCUGAAAGAAACUCAAGUAAUUUUGCACCAUACUUUACGGGGCAGAUGAACCAGCUGAUCGCCCAUCCCGCAGGUGCUGCGGCAGUUUUGAAAUGUUCAGCCAGCGCUGUCCCUCCUCCCAGCAUAGAAUGGUUCAAAAAUGGAACACCCAUGGUCAAGUAUUCCAGAAAAUUCGAUAAAGAGGUAGUCUUCAGGAAGUUUUCUCUCGUAAUGGACCAACUGGACACAAGCGACGCCGGUAACUACACUUGUGUGGUAACGAAUCCCGUUGGGUCCGUUUCCUUCACUUUCAAACUGGACGUCCAGGAGAGGGUUUCUCACAGGCCCAUCUUCCAGGAGGCCCCUGCCAAUCAGACGGUGGUAGUGGGGGGACGGGCAAAAUUCGAAUGCAAGUUCAUUUCAGACCUCCAACCCAGGGUGAUAUGGCUGAGGCAUUUUGCCGUGAAUGGCUCCUACUCGGACCAGAGCGAACUGCCAUACAUCAAGCCAGUGACCAGCACGGACACCAAUGAGACGGAUCCAUAUGUGUUAGUGAUUCAAAAUGUCAGUUUUGAAGAUGAGGGCUACUACACAUGUCUUGCUGCCAAUGAGAUAGGUGUUUCGUACCGAAGUGGGUACCUGAAGGUGGUGGACAAGAUAAAAGAAGGGGCAGUGGCCAAAGAGAGGAAAAGCCUAUUUUUCUUCGAGACGGAGCAUGCCAUUCUGAUCGUCGUUAUCUUAUUCUUCCUCGUUUUCAUCCCAUCGAUAUGUUUCGUCGUAUUCCUCCUCCGGUGGAAGUAUUCCCUCCUUUGGUGCAACUAUUCUAAAAAGAAAAUCAAACCAGAAAACAUCAUUUUGACAAAGAAAAUUAUUUUGGAAAGGCCAGCUCGGAUGGGCGACUCGAACACCAUAUCUAUGCCUAUUGUAAAGAUCGACUACAAGAUGGUUUGCCGGCCACCCCACUGGAAGGAUUCAGUGACAGAAUGCUUUCCCGAAUACGAACUGCCCGUCGACAACAGGUUUGAAUUCCCUAGGCAAAACCUGAAGCUGGGCAAUCUGCUGGGUCAAGGAGCCUUCGCACAGGUGGUCAAAGCCGAUGCACUCGGUUUGAAGGGUAACGUGAAGCAAGACAAGAAAGAAGAGCCUUCCGUGACAGUUGCAGUCAAGAUGUUGAAAGAUGUCCAUACCGAUGCUGACAUGUCGAUGUUGGUGCAAGAGCUGGAACUUAUGAAGGUCAUCAGCGAAAGGAAACACAAGAACGUUCUCAACCUUCUCGGAUGCUGCACCAAAGGAGGACCCCUCUAUUUGCUCGUGGAGUACUGCGAAAAGGGUAACCUCAGGGACUUCCUGCGAUCUCACCGGAACAAUGCCUUCAACGGUUACGAGGAACCCAUCGGCACCAAGACCGGCUGUCUGACGUUCAAGAACCUGAUCCGGUACGCAUACCAGUGCGCCAACGGCAUGCGCUACCUGGCGGACAUGAAGUGCAUUCACAGAGAUCUGGCUGCGCGGAACGUCCUGCUCAACGAUGAAGACGUCAUCAAGAUCGCCGAUUUCGGACUCGCCAGGGAAAUAGACGAGACAGAGUACUACAAAAAGAAAUGCAAUAAUGGUAAGCUGCCGAUCAAAUGGAUGGCUCCGGAAGCUAUCUCCAGUAGGGUAUACAGCGAGAAGAGCGACGUCUGGUCGUACGGGGUCUUGCUGUACGAGAUCUUCACCUUUGCCGCCACCCCCUAUCCUUCCAUACCGCACGAGAGGCUCUACGAGCAACUCAUACUGGGCCACAGGAUGGCCAAACCCUCGGAGUGUCCCAUGGAAGUGUACAUGCUGAUGAGGAGGUGCUGGAGCCUGUUGCCAUCCGACAGACCCACCUUUGACGAGAUAGUGAGGUGUGUCGAUGGAAUACUGCUGAAUUCCCUGGAAACGGCUUACCUGGAGCUGAAUCUACCCGUUCUAGAGACACCAGAAAACAGCAGUUCUGGUGAAGAGAGCUAAUCGUUCGAUUCCGAGAGCGUCCUUCUUCCAGUACUUGUUUUUUAGAAGUAGUUAUUUAUUUUUCUGGAACAAUAUUGCUUUUAGCAAGUUGAGAGACUGACUUCGGCACAUUUCACAAAUGUGAUUGCAGACGUCCUGUGGCAACUAAAAUUGUAUAUAAUUUUUGUUGCGUCCUGUACAGCAUUCGUUUCUGUGUUGACAAACUGAUUUUGAACAGAUUUCUGGAACAAUAUUUCUACAACUUGAGAGACAGGCACAUUUCACAAAUGUGUUUGUAAACAUUUACAGACUUCCUGUGGCAAUUAAAGUUAUAUAUAAUUUUUGUUGCGUCCUAUAAAACAUUUGUUUCUAGGUAGGAAAGUUGUAAUUUUUAACAGAUAUUUUCUGGAACAAUAUUAUUUCUAAUGAAUUGAAAGACUUCGACACAUUUCACAAAUGUGAUUGCAGACGUCCUGUGGCAACUAAAAUUGUAUAUAAUUUUUGUUGCGUCCUGUACAGCAUUCAUUUCUGUGUAGACAAGCUGUAAUUUUUAAGAGAUUUGUAUAUCGUUCGAGUCACUUUCAUGUUGAUGAGACAGUGUGAAUAUUGUGGAAACUUGUUUCGACUGUGUAUCAUGUUAAACUGUUGAGUAAAUAUGAUAAACUGAGGUAAAAAUGGAACCCCUUUACCUUUCACUACUCACCAGGACUUAAAGUGUAAUAUUCACUAAUCAGUGUUUUACUUAUUAUUGUUUGAAUUUGAGAAUAGAAGGAAUGAGUUAAAACAGGCAUUUCAAUAUGUACUGCCAUAAGAUUUUGUCUCCCUCCCCCCCUACACACAUAGUUCUGCUUUGGAAUUUAAAAAAAAAAAUGAAUUUCGAAAUUAAAAUAAUUCUCUAUUAAAAUAAAGGCAUUUAUUAUUAAAUUUAAUUUAAUUAACAACCUUUUUUUCUAAAUUUUAAUAAAGGAUUUUAAAUACUUAAUAUUUUGCAAAUAAAUUCUCUGAAUUAGUUAUUAUUAUUCCGUCAUAAGAAGACCAAAAAUUAUUUAUUUGUUCAAAGAUAAUUUUUAAUGAAACAUUUGUUAUAACUAACAUUGAAUAAUUGUUUCCUAGUAAUGAUAUAUAUACAAAAUAUACUUAGGAUAUUUAUAUUUCAAUUUGGACCAUUGGCUAUUUUUAAACCACAUCUUAAAAUAUAAUAUAUAUUACAGUGCGUAAGAUAUUUUUAAGAUUUCUUUCAGUUUUAAAAUUUUCUAUGAGAAUGUCUGUUUCUAAAAUACAAGUAAGUUCAUUAUAGGACAACUUUAUCCAAUAUGCUAUAGUAGAGUGAACUAUUUCUUGUUUUCUAAUCGUUAUAUAUUAUUUUUUAUAAAAUUAUUUUUCAUGUUGAAAAUGUGAAUAUGCAUUUCAUAUCAUGUCCAAAAUGCAUGGCAGUUGCAUUUGAAUGAAAUUUAAAUGUGAACCCUUUUCCAAUGGAUUUUUGAAAUUAUCGAAAAUGUAUGCCUUAAAAUUCGUUUAAAAAUCAUUAAUAUUGUCCAGAAAUUAGCUGGAUUCACUAAGGGAAAAAAAUAACAAGGUAUGAAUUGCAUCUAUAUAUGACAGAAAAAAUUCACUUGCAAAUGUGACUUUUUUCAAUAUAUCUUAAAAUUUCUAUUAAUGCUUAAAAAUUCCUUAUGUGUAACAUUUUGUUAAGUAUUGCAACUGUGACUUUUUCAGUUUAAAAUUUCGGCUUUUAAAUUAAAAAAACGAAUUGCAAAAGAUAUUCUAUAUGGUCAAAAUAUUUACAGCAGCCUUCAUUUUUUUUAGACACUAUAAAACAGAUUUUUUUUUUUUUUUUAACUUUACCGUAAUCGGAAGCAUUAUUAAAAUCUGAAAUACGCCUGCUUAUAUUGUAAUAUACAUUUUGAAUAAUUUGGGAACACAACAUGGUUAUGGGUUAAAGAAGAUACGGUUCCUGUUAUCUCUGAGACCACUUAUCUUUUUAACUUUUUUCGAGCAAAAAAAGUCCGAAUGAUCAUUUAAAAAAAAAAAAAGAGAUCAAAUAAGCGGAAUAGCAGACGAUAAAUGUUUGUUAAUGAAAGGGUGCACAGACAGGUGGAGCAUAACAUAUACAGUGAUACAAGAGCUGAGGUGCUACAAAUAACUGCGCGAUGCAUCUGUGGAGAAGUAAGAUUCGCCAAAUUUUCAUAGAAAGAAAUGACAAUUGCGGUUUUCUGUGCAGAAACAUCAUUCUGAUAAACGAAAUUCUAGGGUGUUAGCCCAAAAUUGAUAAUUCCAUAUUUUCUGGUGAGCAAACCCUCUUGGUUCGUUCGCCCUUUUUUAUAGGUUGUUUUUAAUGACAAACAGACAUAAACACGUUUGAUAUUCAAUAAAAAGAGUUAUCAUUUUGUUGGCAGGUACUAAAAUUCCAUUUCCUUACUAAGAGUUGCUAUAAUAGCAGAUAAUCUUUUAAGCAUUAACUCCACAAGUUUCAACAACCUGUAGAAUCCGUGCAUAGAAGAGUAUCUGCUGCUAUCAAAGCCAGAAAUUGCAAUUUGUGCUCCGUGGUGUGAUGUUCCAAAUAUUUUGAACAUUUAGAGUAUUGUGAUUGGGCUAGAAUUAACCACUCAGUUAGUUCGGAUUUUCGAUGCUGCAUUCUAUAUUCAUUGGAUGAAAAUGUAACAGAUGAUUGUUGCAUUUCAUUUCCUUUUCUACAUAUACGUGCAGUUUGACUGCCCAUUGGAUGAAUAAUUUUCUUAGUGCAAUAUGUAAAAUGAAUUUUUAUUUCAAUAGGGCUCUGUCCACUGAUAAGAAAAUUUAAGUUUAAAAAUAAAUAAAAAUAUUGUCAUCAAUGUCAAGCCGUUUAUUGGGACAGUAGGUUCAAUACAAAUGUUUCUAAAAUGUAUUUAUUAUUUUUGACAUCAUUUAUUUAUUGAAUUUCGUUAUUUAUGAAAUUAAAUUUUUAUAAUAUUUAAUUCCAAAAAUUAAAAUUAUUGAAACCAUAAAAUUUCCCUUCUUGUCGAAAGGGUGUUUAAAAUUUGCACAAGGGAAUUAAUUUCAUGAAAAAGCAAGCAUUUACAGUUCUGUUUUUAACUUACUAUUUUUUCACAGAUACAGACAAAAAGUUGAAAAAUGAUGAACUACAACAUAUCAUUCGAAAGUAGAUGCAAAGUACCCUAAAUCCAUCCAUCCACAAACUUAAGGUGCAAUACUAUUAAUAUAUGCUUCUAUCAAUGACCUUAUAUUCAACAAUUAACAUUUCGCAUAUUCUCCAAUUGUGAAAUCUCCAAUUAAUCGUAUUACAGGAUUAAAGAAAACUUCGCUAAUGAACUAGCAUAAGUUAUUAUUUCCAAUGUACUGAAAAUGCUUCUGUAGAAUUGAAGAUGUGUUCAUCCUUCCUACAAUUAAACAGCUUUUAAUGAUGAACAUAAAAAAAAAUAACUAAACUCAAAUUAUGAUUUAAUUUCAAGAAAUCAUUAAUGAUGGAAAUAAAUAUCUGUGUCAUGAUUUUUGAUUUAAAUUAUCUUGAACUUUUCUUUGCAUAGCUGUUACUUGUCGUCAUAGUUAUUCAUUUUGUACAUGUUUCAUAUGGAUUUAGGUAUAACAUACUCACCCAUGUUGUAUAAAUUCUUUCAUGAUUGUCUUUAACUGCAUAGCUUUGUAUACUCAUCAGUAAAUUAUUUAAUCAUUAUUUUAGAGAGCUUAACCUUGCUAUAUAUAUUAAAUAAAAAUGUUAAUACCAUAUUUUUGUAUUGAUAAUUCAACAAUAAUCCCUUGCAGAUUUUUCCAGUGCCUUAAUUUGUUAGAUUAUCACAACGAAAAAAAUGUUUUAAUUCUAUAAUAAUCAUUAAUGAAUUUUGCAAGUGCCUUAAUUUGUUGAUGGCAAUGUAAUUCGAGGGAAAAUGUUAUUUCUUGUUGAUAAUUCUGUAACAAAUGUUCGUAGAUUUUUCAAGUGCCUUAAUUUGUUAAAUGUGAAGUUUUUAAAAGAAAAACUUGUUCCUUCAUAACAAUUUUUAUCAUUACGUAUAUUUUUUCAACUGCUCAUUAGCUUUAUCUUCUUAUCAUUGCAAAUAUUAUCAUGUCCAUCAAGUAUUUGAUCUUGAAAAU